CCCCUUCCCCCCCAGACGUUACUGGAGACGACCACCAGUCUGUUGAACCAUGACCUCCACUGGUCCCUGUCUCACCUGCGAGCGGCGGUCAGCAGGGGGCUCCACCCCCGGCAGGACCACUGUAACAUCUGUCUGCAGCAGUACAAGAGACGUCAGGACAGCCCAGAUGAAAUCAUCAUAUUCAGGUCGUCACCACAACAUUCACAUCAACAUGGGUUCUCUACAACCGCUUCUGACUGGCAUGUUCUGAUAGAGGAUGAACGGUGUCUGAUCUGUUUACAGUACAAUGUUCUGAUAGAGAAUGAACGGUGUCAGAUCUGGUUACAGUACAGUGUUCUGAUGGAGGAUGAAUGGUGUCAGAUCUGUUUACAGUACAAUGUUCUGAUAGAGAAUGAACGGUGUCAGAUCUGGUUACAGUACAAUGUUCUGAUAGAGGAUGAACGGUGUCAGAUCUGGUUACAGUACAAUGUUCUGAUAGAGAAUGAACGGUGUCAGAUCUGGUUACAGUACAAUGUUCUGAUAGACGAACGGUGUCAGAUCUGUUUACAGUACAGUGUUCUGAUAGAGAAUGAAUGGUGUCUGAUCUGUUUACAGUACAAUGUUCUGAUAGAGGAUUAAUGGUGUCAGAUCUGUUUACAGUACAGUGUUCUGAUAGAGAAUGAAUGGUGUCAGAUCUGUUUACAGUACAAUGUUCUGAUAGAGAAUGAAUGGUGUCAGAUCUGUUUACAGUACAAUGUUCUGAUAGAGAAUGAAUGGUGUCAGAUCUGUUUACAGUACAGUGUUCUGAUGGAGGAUGAAUGGUGUCCGAUCUGUUUACAGUACAAUGUUCUGAUAGAGAAUGAAUGGUGUCAGAUCUGUUUACAGUACAAUGUUCUGAUAGAGAAUGAAUGGUGUCAGAUCUGUUUACAGUACAAUGUUCUGAUGGAGGAUGAAUGGUGUCCGAUCUGUUUACAGUACAAUGUUCUGAUGGAGAAUGAAUGGUGUCAGAUCUGUUUACAGUACAAUGUUCUGAACCUGUCACCUCACUGAACAUUUCCCGUGCUGGUGCUGUAGUGGAGUCUCCACACGGUAAUGCUGUUAACACGUGUGUGUGUGUGUGUGUGUGUGUGUGUGUGUGUGUGUGUGUGUGUGUGUGUGUGUGUGUGUGUGUGUGUGUGUGUGUGUGUUGUAGCUGCGGCCACCUGUACCACUGCCAGUGUCUGCAGCGGAAGGGGAGUGGCCACGCGGAGCCCAGGCUGCUGCAGGUCUGGAGCUGCUACAAGUGUCUCUCCUCACAGAGAGGGAGGGCCGGGGUCACCACGGAGACCGGGAGGGGGCGGAGCACCUCCCUCGCACAGACCAAAGUGAUGUCCAGGGAAGCAGGGGAAGAAGGGAGAAAGGUGUUUGCUGAGACCACAUUGGACCCCCAGCAGAGUCAGUCCUGGGACCAGCUACGAUGUCUCUACAGAGGACCUUCCAGGUUGGCCAUCUUGUCGGAAAUCUCCCACUGCCAUGGCAACGAGAAGGCGGGCCUCCUAAACCCCUCCCAACCUGGAAGAGGAAGUAUAUUCCACAGCGAGAACUUCCAGCUCAAACUCUCCCCACCACCAUCGGUUGAAGAGUAGCGAGCCUACAGCCAUGUUCAGUAUGAUAACGUCGUGGAACUUUCAGAUAGAAAUAUUUUGUGUAGAACAGACACGAUGUCCUGGUCAGGUAGAAUAGGCUGUUCCCUCUAUUUGUUAUAUUUCUGACUGAAGACACCCCUGUAGUUUCUGUUGUUGAUUAAACACUACCACGUAUUCUACUCUUGUUGAUCAAAACUACGUUAUCCACUGUCUGGGCGGAUGUUUGAAAUGGUAUCGAUCAAAUGUUAUCUUUCUGUCUGCAAAAUGUCCAUAAAUAAACCAAUUUGUAACAUAUAA